AUGAAAUUAGUGGGUCUGUUAUGCCAUACUCUAUACACGCAUAGCCGUUCUUUUUUUGUCACGCUAACGAUGAAAUUAGUGGGUCUGUUAAGUGCCAUACUCUAUACACGCAUAGCCGUUCUUUUUUCUCACGCUAACGAUGAAAUUAGUGGGUCUGUUAAUUGCCAUACUCUAUACACGCAUCGCCGUUCCUUUUCUCGUGCCAACGACGGAAUUAGUGGGUCUGUUAAGUGCCACACUCUAUACACUCAUAGCCGUUACUUUUCUCACGCUAACGAUAAAAUUCGUGGGUCUGUUACGUGCCAUAAUCUAUACACGCAUAGCCCCGUUUUUUCUCACGCUAACGAUGAAAUUAGUGUGUCUGUUAAGUGCCAUACUCUAUACACGCAUAGCCGUUCUUUUUCUCACGCUAACGAUGAAAUUAGUGGGUCUGUUAAGUGCCAUAAUCUAUACACGCAUAGCCGUUCUUCUUCUCACGCUAACGAUGAAAUUAGAGGGUCUGUUAAGUGCCACACUCUAUACACGCAUAGCCGUUCUUUUUCUCACGCUAACGAUGAAAUUAGUGGGUCUGUUAAGUGCCAUACUCUAUACACGCAUAGCCGUUCUUUUUGUCACGCUAACGAUGAAAUUAGUGGGUCUGUUAAGUGCCAUACUCUAUACACGCAUAGCCGUUCUUUUUGUCACGCUAACGAUGAAAUUAGUGGGUCUGUUAAGUGCCACACUCUAUAUACGCAUAGCCGUUCUUUUUCUCACGCUAACGCUGAAAUUAGUGGAGCCGUUCUUUUUUCUAACGCUAACGAUGAAAUUAGUGGGUCUGUUAAGUGCCAUACUCUAUACACGCAUAGCCGUUCUUUUUGUCACGCUAACGAUGAAAUUAGUGGGUCUGUUAAGUGCCACACUCUAUAUACGCAUAGCCGUUCCUUUUCUCACGCUAACGAUGAAAUUAGUGGGUCUGUUAAGUGCCAUACUCUAUACACGCAUAGCCGUUCUUUUUCUCACGCUAACGCUGAAAUUAGUGGGUCUGUUAAGUGCCAUACUCUAUACACGCAUAGCCGUUCCUUUUCUCGGGCUAACGACGAAAUUAAUGGGUCUGUUAAGUGCCAUACUCUAUACACGCAUAGCCGUUCCUUUUGUCACGCUAACGAUGAAAUUAGUGAGUCAGUAAAGUGUCAUACUCUAUACACGCAUAGCCGUUCCUUUUCUCGUGGUAACGACGAAAUUAGUGUGACUGUUAAGUGCCACACUCUAUACACGCAUAGCCGUUCUUUUUCUCACGCUAACGAUGAAAUUAGUGGGUCUGUUAAGUGCCAUACUCUAUACACGCAUAGCCGUUCUUUUUCUCACGCUAACGAUGGAAUUAGUGGGUCUGUUAUGCCAUACUCUAUAUACGCAUAG